UGUUUUCCACUGAGCUUUUCAGCACGGGGCAAGGAAAUUCUUGUAAAUAAGAUGUUUCAGUCUAGAUUUGAGAAUCCUAAUCAAGAGACUGUUCCUUUUCUAAUAACUGGAUUCCUACUGUACAAGCAUGGAAGUGGUCUUGCAUUAUCGACCACAUCAGAGAGAUCUAACAAAACUGCAGAAAUUUGCAGAAGCAGCAGUGAAGGAGUUUCCCAUUCGUCAGUUACCAAGAUUUACACCCUGGUUUCCAAAUGAUUUAUACAGAUUUCCCCUCAAACCAAAAAAGCAGCCACCUGUUAUUUCUUGUGAGGAAGCAGAAGAAUUGAAACAACUUUCUACACCUUCAGAAUAUGUUACAGGAUCUCCUGAUUAUGACUGCACAAAAAAUCUCCUUGAGUUUCAGUCUAAUGUGAAACAUGGGCAGACUUUAAUUCAAGCACAAACUGUUCAGAGACCGAUUAACUUGGAGAAUCAAGGAGAACCACCACCUAAUGGAAAACAAAAAUUGAAAAGGUCAUGGAGUGUCUCUCUCCCUAGCCCUAAGCUUAAAGAAAAAAUUCUUCCUUUAUCUCAAGAACUGCAGAAUAAUUUGGAAAGGCUAAACCUGCAUGCAUUUUAUAGAGCAAAGUGGACAAUCGAACAGUCUAUUUGUAAUAACCAGAAUUUGGAGGACAUCUGGAUAAAAGUGAAUAGACUCAUCAAGCAGAAUGAAUUACCAUCUUGCAAUGCUACUAUCCAAAGAUCUGUGGGACAGAUAUGGAUUUUCUGUGAUAUAUUAUACUGUGAAUAUGUUAGAAAUAUUCUUAGGGAAAAGCUAAGCCUUACUGAUAAAAUGAACUUGCUUGUACAUAAAUUUGGAAUUAUAUUUAGUUUAUGAUUGUAAGAUAGUUUCGUAAUAAAAUUGCUCUCUGAAGUACUAGAGUUUUUAAACAGCUUAGAAUAUACAAACUUUAGAACAACUGAUGAAUUAACAAGCAGAAAACCACUUAAUAUUCUUUGCAACAGUUUAACUGUAAUAAAUAUAUUUAACUUUGUUUUGCCAGGAGACUUAUAAAUGGUUCUGUUGAGAUUAGUAAGUUUCUCUUUGGCUUACUACUGCAUUUUGUAGCUUUUCUCUACCUCAGUGGUCUAAAGGAAAAAAAAUUACAAGAAAAAUUCCAGACUAUUACGGCAAGCUGUGUGAGAUAAUAAAAUUUGUGCUUUGAAUCAAGCAAAAUACAUCCUCACUGUGCUUCUUUGAAACUAGGACAAGGAAAAAUAUUUUUAAGUGAGAUAUAAUCACUGUAAGGAUCUGCAAUUUUUUUUGACACUGAGACUUUCAAGAUGUGAUUAUUUCCUGAAAAUAGUCUGUGCGGGUUUCUUUAAUGAAGGCUUAGCCCUCACAUGAAAUACAAACUUACUUUCUACUGUAUGUAUAUGCUGUCUUGGUAAUGUUAUCUGUAUUUUCCCAGAAAUACUAAUGAAAGUUUCAGUGGAAGUUGUGUGCUGAAAAAUAGUGAACAACUUAGCAUUUGCUGGUUUGACUUUGAUAUUAAGGUGGUUUUUUUCCCCCUGACGUUUCUGGUCUUUUGUCUCUGUAUUGGGGAACAAGAAAGCACUAACUUCAAUCUAUAGGUCAGGAAAUUAAGAAAUUAGACAUCUACCUGUAAACCUCUAUUUGUUGUCAUUAUGGAAGGUAGAAGUCUCUGAGGUUUUAUGGUGAUAAACAGUUGAGUUCAGCAUGACUUUUUGUCACCUCAAAGAAUAAAGUGUUUCAAGGUCAUGCUGUCCCUGCUCAAUUCAGUGUUUGAAGGGUCAGUAGAGCAGUUAAACUGGGAUCAAUAUGACUGCAAGGGCAUGUGUUUUUCUUAGGCACCCCUACUAACGCCAGAUAAUUUUACUGUAGCUGGAGGUCAAGGCCUGUGGAAAAGGGGGAGAAUAAAUGGUAUUUGUAGAUUGUUAGAUUAUCAUUAACACUGAUGAAAUAAAAGUGCACAUAAGCAUAAUGGUGAUCCCUCUGUGUAAAAACUAAAUAAAAUCCUCUUGGACUUUUACUUACUUUUUUCUUUUGCUGACAUUCUUAUGUUGGAAUAAUUAUAUUAUAGGCAUUACAUAUCAUUUUUUAGUUAAAAAUUAAGGAUAUUGCUCAGUUUGGAUCAUUGACAUGUAUUUCUGAACUUUGAGUGUUAGGGGAGUCAUAUUGACAUUUGGGGUGUUUGUGACAUUUAAUAUUACGUCGUAGCAAAAUUGAUGUAAAGUGCUGUCUAAAGUAACUGAGGGUCAUUAUUAGUUUUAAAGCUCAUAUAGCCAAAUUAUUUCACUGAAAUUAUUUUUCUGAGUGUAACACUAAUAGCAACAAAGUUUCUUUGUGCACCAACAUUUUUAAAGAUUUAAUGGAGUAGAAUGCAGCAUGAUUUGAGUUUUUCUUAGUGUUGUAUCCUGCAAAGAUAUAAUAUUUUCUGAUAUUAGUUUAGUAGUCCCAUUAAAUAUGAUAAUCUGCAUAUCUUAGAUUUUUAUUCCAUUCCAUUAUUUAUUUAUUUAUUGUCUUAAAUGUGACUAAACUUGAUCUGUAACUGUUCCUUUAGAAACAGUCAGCAAGUAUUGGCUUAUAUGGGCUUACAGUAGAAUUGAAUAAAAUUAGUUAACCACCAAUAAUACAGUCCCAAUAUGAUUAUUUAAUACACUAUAUUGACAGAGCUAAACAAACAUCUUACUAAGAUUGGUGUCACUAUUCAGUGGCAGCUGUCAGCUUUCUGCUGCUUUGGGUUGUCUUGUAUGUGAAUAAUGAUACAUGCACUGCUAGUUGUGAGCACCUCAGCUGGAUAACUGUCAUGUAAUAAAAAGUGAACACCACAUUUGGUUUCUCUGCAGAAUUAUUACAGUCUUGGAUAGCACCAAUGUACACGCUGAAAUCCAGAAUUCCAUUUUGAACUGUUCCGGAAAUGCUUAGUUCAUAUGCAUGUAUAAUUCAGUAUUCAUCUUUGAUUUUCAGUGUUGAAUUUGGUUUUUCAUCUACUCUGUUUUGGAUAUUUUGGGACUCUUUAUUUACCUUGUGAUUCUCAAUCUUCAGAGGUCAUGUUUUUCAUCCUUUCACUAUAGCAAAGAGAAUGUAUUGCCUUUUUAUAUGUGAAAACUAAUUUAUUUUGUGUUGAUGCUAACUUGUAUAGGUCUGCUGUAUAGUAGUGUAACUUCUUGUGAACCAAUACAGCCCACUACACCCAAAUGUAUAUCAAAAUAAUUGAAUAUUUUACACAACCUGAAGUAGGGAUGCUGACCAGACAUACAAGAUGAACAAAAGUACAAUAAAGAUAAAAGCACAAUACAUUUGUCAGUGCAAGGAUGUUGAUUAACUUAUUGCAGUCAAGAAAAUACUUUUAUUUUUUAGUUUUAGUUUUCAGAAAUUAUAUGAUUUUGUUUAAAUUUUGAAGAAAAAAAUCAGUUAUUUUUACAUAUUCGGUUCAACACCUAAGGUUACAAAUACUCCACUUUGUUUCGUGUAAAUGUUUUCAUGAGAAGUUAAAUGCAAGAUUAGGGCCAUUGGUUUAUAUGGACAGGGAGGAAUUAUUUUUAGAAGCAGUAUCUUAUAUCUGUAAUACAAAUAAAACUCACAUAAUUUUGAGUAUUCUGAGUUAAAAUAGCCUUUGAGAAUACCACUUUCUUGAAGCAGAGGUUUUUAAUAGUGAGAUCUCAAUGAUGUUGAUUUUGUCAAUAUCAAUAAAAUAGUUUUUAAGUGUGUUCC